AUGUACCGGUUUUCCUUCACCACGAGCGCAUCGAAGAGUACAGUGAUGUUGCGGCUCAGCUGCACAAUGGCGAGAACCGCCUCGUUCGGGCUCGGGUACCACGCGAGUGCCUCAACCUUCGCGAUGUUGCUGAACAUCCCACACGGCCGCAGCGCCAUCGCGACAGGUGCACUUGACGAUGGCAGCGAUAACGACGAUGGUGCAGCAGCAUGGCUCUCAGCUGCCGCACGGCUGGGGCGACUCGCUGGCGUCACCUCGACAAUGUGGACGGCCUUUGUGCUUCCGAUUGCCAGCAUGCUGUAA